GCUUGGGGUAAUCUUGUCCACAGCUGACCGACCAUGUAACCCGAGUCCAUAAAACCAAGUCACAUUCUGCCAUGGCUACAGAGGACAAAUCUCUUCCAGCGCGGGGAAGCGGGACGGCCCCAGAUCAAAUCUCAUUUCCCCACGGGAUUUUCGCAGCAUCGUGAUCGGUAGUUGGGGGAGAAACCCGGGUCGCGUGGAAAUGAUGUUCGUUUGGAACAUAUAAAACAAACAAACAUGCCUCGCCCCUAAAUUCCACCCGCAAUCAUGACUGGCGCUGUCCGAGGCCGAGCAGUCCGAGUUACGACGUCUUUUGUCCCCCAAUCCGCUCCGCGAGGCCUCCAUUCGCCCUCGAGACCAUGGCUCGUCGAACCGUCUACAGCUGCCUGCUGGCAAACAUCCUGGCCGUGCAGGCCCGCGUCUUCACCCCGAGCAAGGUGGCGGUCGGCACGGCGCCCAGCCAGGGCGGCGGCCCGUUCGCCCCCUUCACGCUCAACGCCUCGCACCCGCUCGCCACGCUCGACUACGGCGUCGAGGUCGCCGGCUACCCGCAGCUCACCGUGUCCGACGUAUCCGGCGCCGCGUCCGUGCAGGUCGAGGUCAAGUACAGCGAGCCGUUUGCGGGCCUCGAGCAGGUCUGGGCCGACGGGCCGUACACGUACCAGCAGGGGCUGGCCAACGCCUUUCGCGUCGAGACCUUCAACGUCUCUGCCGCGGGCCUCGUGGCCAGCCGGCUGAUCCAGGGCGGCCAGAGGUGGCAGUCCGUCCGGCUGCUGGACACCGGGUCCUCCGCGGCCGCGGUCACGUUUCAGAGCGUGGGCUUCGAGGCGACGGCCGGCGAGGCGGCGAUCGCCGACAUGCCGGGCAAGUUCAGCUGCGACGACGAGGUGCUCAACGAGGUGUGGGCGCUGGGGGCCCGGGCUGCCGACCUGGCGUGCGUCGAAAAGGGCACCCAAAAGGCCGUGUGGCAGGUCGACCCGGACAAGGGCGUGCGGGUGGCCAGCGUGCGGCCCACGCAGACGCUCCGGGGUGCCCUCCUGGGCAACUACACGCUCGAGUUCGACGCCAUGAUCGAGCGCGGCGGGGUGUGGUGGUCGGUGGCCUGGCCGCUUGGUCGCUUCGGCGGCGUGCAGCUCCAGCUGACGAGCGAGCUCCCCAACGCCACGACGUUUUCCAACACAAACACCACCUUGUUGCCGAGAAACACGCUCAAGCUGGGAUGGGGUUUUGGUUUUGUCAACCAGACCACCCUCACCUCGUACGAUCUGGCCCUCGCCGCUGUGCCCUUUGAUGUGGCCGAGAACAAAUGGUACCACUUGACAACCACCCUCUCGCCCGACGGCUUCCUGUCGGUAUCCCUCGACAAGACACGGAUCCUGCACACGCAGCUCUCGCAAUACUACGUUGGCGGCAGCCCCAUCGCGCCGUCUGGCAGCUUCGGGUUCGGGGCGUGGCAGGACCAAGCGGCGUGGGUGCGCAACGUGACGGCGACGGCCCAGAACGGCAGCGUCGUCUACCAAAACGCCAUGACGUCGCCGGAGGUCCUGUCCGAGUACGGCGUGCAGAGCAACUCGGAGGGCGUGUGCCUGGACGGACCCAAGCGCGACCGGCUGGUCUGGCUGGGGGAUUUUCUCCACACCAUCCGCAUCAUGGGCGCCAGCACGUCGCGCUUCGACCUGGAGCGCGGCACGCUGCGCUUCUUCCUGGGCACGCAGAUCCCGCUCGGCAUCUUUGACAUCUCCCCGCGGAUGGGCUACGACCCCGCCGCCGCCAGCGGGCCCUUUAGCGGCUUCGGCGCCCAGCCCUACGCGCUCGAGGACUACCAGCUGCUCGGCCUCAACGCCCUGCACAGCUACGUCCAGCAGACGCGCGACGUGGCCUUUGCGCGCGACGGCUGGGCCCAGUGGCGCCGGCAGUUCGACUGGCUGUUUGCGCGCGUCAACCAGACCACCAACCUGCUCAAUCUCGAAAGCGCCUUCCUCGGCCCCGCCGUCGACGGCUCCGCCACGUCCUGCCUGGCCGUGCAGACCCUCCGCGCCAUCGCCGACCUGUCCCUGGCCGUCGGCGACGACCCCUACCACUCCCGGGCCAACCAGACCGCCGACGAGAUGGCCCGCGCCGUCAACGCGCGGCUCUGGAACGACGCCCGCGGCUUCUACUCGGUCUCGCUGGCCGACCGCGACCACCUCUCGGUGCAGGCCACCGCCUUUUGCCUGUCGUCGGGCGUCGCGUCCGACCCGCGGCGCAUCUCGCGCUCCGUCGCGGCCCUCGACGCCCUCCAGCUCGGGCCGGGGUACAAGGACUCGUCGCUGAUCGACUCGACCGCCCCGGACACCACCAUCUCGCCCAACACAAACGGCUUCCUCCUCGACGGGCUGCUCCGCCGCAGCAGCAGCAGCAGCAGCCGCAACGCAAGCGACGCCGCCGCCCGGCUCCUCCGCUCCCUCUGGCCCGAGAUGCUGCCCGGCGCGCACGGCGACCGCCACGCCUCGGGCGCCAGCUGGGAGUACCUGUCCGCGACCGGCGAGCCGGGGCUCGGCCUCUUCACCAGCCUCGCGCACCCCUGGGGCGGCGCCGCGACCUACGCCCUGACGCGCCACGCGGCCGGCGUCCGGCAGGCCGAGGGCGUUGCCGGCUUUGGCUACGCCAGCUGGGUGGUGGACCCCGAGGUCGGCGUCGGGAGCUUCGGGCUGAAGCGGGCGAGCGCGCAGGUCCAGACGCCAAAGGGGCCCCUGGCUGUGGACUGGAAAAUCGGGGCGGGUGCGUCGGGGGAGGAGGUCGUAAAUGUGGUGAUUCGCGCGCCUGCUGGGACGAGUGGCGUUUUCAAGUACAAGGAUACCACCAGGGUGCUGGAGGGUCAGACUGAGUACACGCUCUCGGUCCCGGUUGAGGUUAAUUGAGUUUAGUGAGCGGCGUCUUUUUUUCGCUAUUUGCUAGGAAGUUUCAUUUAUGUGUUUC